AUGCUUCGUCAAUCCAUCAUCCGUUCUGCCAACACUGCCAACCGGGCUGUUUUCACCCGUUCAUUCUCCGCAGCUGUCCCACGCAUGGGCGAGGGCGACACCGGUGGUCCCCGCAGCAGCGCCGGCGGUUCCUCAGGUGAUGCUUUCACCCGCCGUGAGGCCGCCCAGGAGAGUCUUUACAUUCGUGAGAAGGAGCUCGAGAAGCUUGCUCAACUCAAGAAGAAGAUUUCCGAACAGCGCAAGCACCUAGAUGAGCUUGAGAACCAUAUCGACGGCCUGUCCAAGCAAUAG